UUUUCCAAUGAAAGUAAACGUUACUUAUUUUUUUUAAAUGUUUCUAAAUGUCAGAGAUACUCCGAAGCAUGAGAAUUCUCUGACUGGACUCGGAGCAGAGGGCGUGCCCUGUCGUCAGUCAACAUUUCCAGGGUAGCUCCUACCCGGCCCACCCACCCACCUGUGUCAGUCACGCUGCUGGAAUACCUGAGGUCACGGAGACUGUCGCCGCUUGGCUGUUGGAUAAGCAGAGCUAGAGAGAUUACCUAUCCGAGUGCGGACAGAGCAAGCGCGCUGUUCGGUAUCGACAUUACUCGGAGCAAGUGUGGCCGGGGCCGGCAGAACUCAGACACACCUGACUUUCGUAGAUACGUGGGGGUCUCCUGAAGUCAUGAUGAUAGACCUUACCGUCAUGUGUGAUACAGAAAUAAUAUCCAAUGAACCCACCAGUCCAACGUCGCCUUACUACGGGGAGACGUCCGACUCUUACUACCGCGUAGAUCGCUGGCAGAAACUGCGGACUGCUGUCAGAAAGCUGGAGUUCUGGGAAAACUUCAGCUACGAAUUGGCAGGCAGUGGCUUCUUUUCCAAAGUGUACAAGGUGACUCACAACACAACUCAAAAAAUAAUGGUGGUAAAAAUUUACAAGAAGGACGUUGACCAAGAUGUCAUUGUACGCGAGAUUAGUCUUCUCCAGAAACUCUCUCAUCCUAACAUUGUCAGAUAUCUCGGGGUGUGUGUUAAAGAAGAUAAACUCUAUCCUAUGCUUGAGUACAUUAAUGGUGGAUGCCUGGAAGAACUGCUGGCCAAUAAAGAAGUUAACCUGACCUGGAAGGAUAAAGUGGACCUUGCAUCAGACAUUACACGAGGAAUGGUGUACCUCCACUCAAAGAAUAUCUAUCAUAGAGACUUAAACUCCAAGAAUUGUUUGAUUCGGGUAACGUCACGUGGGAGAGAAGCCUUGGUUACUGACUUUGGACUGGCACGAGAAGUGGUCGAGCUGCCCACAAAGGGCUUUGACCGCAAGUUGUCUUUGGUGGGAUCUGCUUUCUGGAUGGCUCCGGAAAUGUUGCGAGGUGAACCGUAUGACAGGAAGGUUGAUGUUUUCUCCUUUGGAAUAGUAUUAUGUGAAAUACUUGGCAGAGUUCCAGCUGAUCCUGAAAUUUUGCCCAGAACGCAGGAUUAUGGGCUCAAUGCUGAAGCAUUCCAGGAGAUGGUGAACGGCUGUCCAAAGCGGGUGCUGGAAUUAACUGUUAAUUGCUGCAGGAUCGAUGCCUUUAAGAGGCCGUCCUUCACCGAGUUACUGGACCAACUUGAUGAUGUAGCCGAAAGUUUGGAAGCAAACAAAGACGUUGAGAUCCCUGUGUGAAUCUGUCCAUGCUUAACUCGGCCACAAGGCCUUAUGUGAGUGAUAGCAGUCACUGUUAUCAUAUUAACUAGAGGAAAAAUGGAUCUGUGUUCUACAGGAAUUGGAGAAGUAUUUGAAAGGGCUGACGUUUGGAUAAUAAUGAAAGCGCACAACAUCAGUCUGUGAGCCAUCAUGGGGGAGAAAUCCAGACUCCAGGAAUUAUGUUGCUGACUUAGCUGUCCUUGGGCAUCUCUUCCUCACUGGAAACUAAAUUGAAAGGAGAUGUAUAAUGUGCAACCACUUUGCUAUUGUGUGAUUUACACUGUUACCUAAAAUCCAUAUCAUCAUAAUUUCAUGUAAGUACAUUUGUAACAUAAUUCGGACAAUAGCAGUCAUUUAAAGAAAAAUGCCAAUGUAAAUUUUCAUUCUGGGUUACUGGGCAGGUAAGUGUUUUCAUUCAUUGCAACGCACCUGUCGGGCCGAUAUGUGCAUCGUUUAUACUGUUCUCAUACCGAAGACAACUUUUGAGAAUUGACUAAUCUUUAGUGUUGGUGAAUUUACUGUGCAAAUAUCUUAGUAUGGACUCUAAUCAAAUCACCUGCAAUAGUUUUUCAUUAGAGCUGCUUAUUUUGAAUAAUUUCAACCUCGAAUCAGAACAUGUAGCAAGAUCAGACGUUACACAGGCAACAUGUCCUGAAAAUCUGUUUUGUUCAAAACAGAAUCUCUACCAAGGUGUAGCAAUAGAGUUGUAUUUUUGUCCAUCUUAGCACAUUAAACUCAAAUCCGGUUCUUGUCUAAGAAAGUGCUUCACCCAUAAGGAACAUUUCAGUGGGUUUGAAUUUCCACAUGGGUCUAUCAGUCAGGUGCCUGGAGAUAUGGUCUGAACCCCAUUCAAGCCAACUUUGGGAACAUCACCCUGGAAUGGCUGAAUGCCAGUGGAUUCAACUUUUGAAUCCAAUACUGUUUACCCGUGUUGCCUUAACAAGCUAUGCCUUGUCCUUCCUGGUGGAUGUGAGCUGAAGUAGGUAACAUUGUGCCCUACAGAUGAAUGAGUAGAAGAAAAUAUUCCCGUCAAAAUUUACAAUGUGCUUCAAAGAGAGUAGUCAUUGUGAUGAAAUGUGUCUGGUUUUCAAUGAAAGGACAGUUCAUUAGUGUAUCAAACUGACAGCCCACUGUUACGCAUAUAUUUUGGAAACUAAUUAUGUGAAAAUAUGGCAUUGGCCUACCAUAUUAAUUGGCUGAUCACUCGUAUUGAUAAAUUAUGACAAGUGAUUAAUAUUGACUUCAAUUGAUCCAUCAAUUUCUCGCAGUCCAAAUGUAAUCUUGUGGUUCAGUUGAAUAUGGCAGCGAUAUGCUGAAGUCAAGGGGAGAAUCUUCUGCCAUGCUUGGUUAUUUAAAAACUAGCAACUCUGUGACUGCAGAAAGCCCCAAAGCCCUUAAGUAUAGUUUGAAAUGUAGACUCUCCAUGGAAAAAUGAGUUAUCUCCUUUGCACACAAGAAAGCUAUGCAGGUAUAAUAGCUAGAUAAUUGUUUUAGAAGAUAAAUGUUAUUUGAGGGAGAAGUAGUGGCAAGAAAAUGGACUGAAGGGUAUUGCCAUUUGAAAUCUCUAGGCCUGGGCCAUAUUAGUUAAUAUAGUUUAAAUUGAUGGUGUUAAUAGCUUUGGCAACUUUGAACUAGGAAGGGAGCAAAACAACAAGCUUCCCACCUGAGGUUAUAGAGGCCAGGCUACUUGAAGUGCACGAGUGAACUGGGCAAGGGCAGCACUGGGUUUGAACAAGGUGCUGUGAACAAUCUAUGUCAGAAUGACACAAAUGGUAACACUCAAUGGAGAUAUGCAGAGCAGCCAGCAGUUGUGUGCACGGAACAGGCAUAUUUCAGCUUCUCGAGAGGACAAGGUAGGGGUGAUGAUGAGCACUGCUAAUAUUUUAAGAUCACCAUCAGUUGGAGAUCAGUUACCAUCAAGCAACCACCGAGUGAACAACUGAGUUAAUGACCUUCAUGGGGACUGUCACAAGCUAUGUCACAAGAUGCCUCAGCUAAGUGGUGGCCAUUUUGUGCAGAAUGCAGAUGGACGUCGAAUGGCCUGGUGCCACUUUGAUGGCCCAAUUUUCUGGAUUCAACUGACAGCAUUUCAAAUGGUGCAAAACCUUUGCCACUGUUGGAUUGUGCCUGUGUCCCUAUUGUGAUCACUGGAUGGAUAACACAUUGUUUUUCAUGACUGACACUGUACAAAUCUAAGAACAGGAAUAGUUAUUCUCCAGUUCCAGAAGCACCUCUCAUUUAACACUUUUGACGAUUGAUUUUUUUUCCCCUCUUAUGCUAUUCAUCACAGCACAUAUGCAAAUUAAAUGUUCUUGGAUAUUUCUAAUGUUGAUUGGAAAAGUAAAUUUGUAGUAUUCAAAUACAUAGUGCAGGACUUGGUUCUUAUGAAGUAUUUGAAAAAUGGAGAGAAACAACAUAUUUCUUAAUUGCAGUAUUUUCUGCAUGUCGUUUCACUUUGAAGCCGAACAAUUCAGAGUUACUCAGAUAUAAUUUCAUGUGCAACAGAACCAUUUUCAUGUGUGUCAGACUGAUUAGGGGAAACCUUGCAGAGCACAUUUUUUAAAAGAACUCACAGCUGAUUUGUUUAAAAUAUCAGCAGAGGCAUUACCUCAUGGAUAACCAGUGCUGGUGGGCAUUGGACUUUGUGUGUUCUGCAUUGCCCCAUGACAAUGUUUGUUUCCUAGGUUAGAUUGAAUAGUUGAAGCAACUUGCUUCAUAGAACCUGGGCCCUUUAUACCCAAGAUGGUGGGGAAAUUCAAAAAAACAUCCAGGAAAGGCUCUUUGAGUUGACCUUGUGCCCUUUUAUCGGCUGGCUCAGCACCAACAGAGACAGAAAUGUUUUGUAUCUGCUGCCUCAGUGAGAAAAUUAAUACCAGUAGGGACCAUUUUUUUUACGCUUUAAUGGAUACUAACUGCAAAUCUAAAAUUAACAUAGGGAGCUUCUUUUUAACAUGGAAUCUGUCUGAGCCUUAAAAACCGUCAUUGGAUGGUUUUAAAGUCCAGCCAUAAAGAACCUAAAUAUAUGAGAAAAUGGCAACAUUUCUAUGCAUAAGAUGCCUUAAGACCUAUCAGAAAUUAGUUUAGGAAGAACCGCAAAACUGGUUGAAGGAGUAGGAGUGUGGAGCAUUAAAGUGCUACAUUCUUUGCGCUUUACAGAUUUCAUUUCAAGAGUAUUUAACUCCAUUGUUCUUUCUGUAUGCCAAGUAGUCAGUAUGUGCUUUUGUUACUUAUUUUAAAGAGUUUAAUCACACAUUUAAUUUUAUUCUCGUUUUCAUGUUACGUUUAUUUAUAGUUAUGAGGUUAUUUUUGGUACCUUUUUCAAUGAGUGAAUGCUGCAUGUUUCUACACAAUGUACAUGGCAGUUGACAGAUGGUGUAUAUAGAUAAUAUGAAUGCUUUCUGAUUAAAGCAUGUGGUUUGAUCAAUAUCUGCUGGUUUUUAGAUGGUGCUAAAAUAUUGGAAACUGUUAUAGAGAUCUGAACUUGUUCAAGCAACUGCUUUUUAGCUUACGUUUGUCUUGCGCAGUUAAAACCUUGAGCUUCUUGAUGCACGUUAUGAAAAAUGCUUAAUCAUGUAUAUUUUGUUAAGAUAAAUAUUAGUUUGCAGCCUUAGUUUAAAAAAAAAUUCAAGUAGAGGCAGUAGGCAAGGACUGCGAUGGGCUAUUCACUCCUUCGAUACGUAUAAUAGCUUUAAAACAAUAAAGUUUAACUGAAAAGUA